UAAUAAGCAACUUAUCAGUUUAAGUUGAUCCUCGAAAGUGUUCAGUUUACUAUAAAAAAAUUAUGGGAAAAAUUAUUUUGUACGGAAUAGUACCGUCGCCUCCAGUGCGGGCAGUCCUUUUUACUCUACACGAAUUGGGCCUUGAAUUUGAAUUUGUUGAAGUUAAUCCCCUGAAAGGAGAACAAUUCAACCAGGACUUCAUCAAAAAGAAUCCCCAACACACGAUUCCUAUGCUUGAAGACGAUGGCCAUUGUAUUUCCGAUAGCCAUGCCAUAAUUGCCUAUUUGUGUCGAAAAUUUGGUAAAACUGAUUUACUUUACCCUAAGGAUUUCUAUCAAAGGGCAGUUGUUGACAAUCGUCUUCAUUUUGAAUCGGGGAUUCUAUUUGCUUGUUGCUUGAAAGGCUUAAGGACACCAAAUGAAACGUUAGAGACCAAAACGAAGAACAUCGAAGAAGCUUACGAUUUUAUGGAAGCAUUUCUGGAAGACGGUACACAUAUGGCUGGAAAUAGUUUGACUAUCGCUGAUUUGAGUAUUCUACCUUCGCUAUCUUCAUUGGAUCUCAUUGUUCCGGUUGAUUCAACAAAAUGGCCAAAAUUAAACUCGUGGUUGGAUUUGAUGAAAAAAUUACCUUAUUAUGAAGAAGUAAAUGUUGAGGGCCUUAGAGUGAUUGGUGAAAUGUUAAAAUCAAUGCUAGAAUCCAUGAACGUAGAGUUGAAGAAAUAGACGACUUGCUAUAAUUUCUGGUGAUGAUUCAUGAGAUAACACUUGCUCUUAGGUUAUUUGACUUUUGAACUUUUGUUUUGGAAUUUCUGGGAAGUUUUAAAAAUGUUUUAGGUUAAAUAAAUACAAAAAAACAACUACAA